UGGGGUCCCAUCCUGGCCGGUUCAUUCUGUGUCCUCACCUUUUCUGACUGGAGUAUCCGAGAUUUGCUCUUCUGCAUUGUCCCGACGUGUUUACUUUUCAUUGUAUAUACCGCUCUUUUACCAAGAGUCGAGACACUUGCGCAUCUCCCGUCCAUCAGCCUCGACAACAUCAUUCGUCCUCUUUCUAUACGUGUCGUCAUCCUCCUGCUAUGCAUAUGGGGGAUUGACACGGUGUUUUAUGGGUUGACCACGACUGUCUUGACCAGUACAGUUCUUAUCGGCCUUUUAAAGGCGUUGUCUUGGUACUUUAUCAUCCAGGUGGUAAAUGCCUCUUGGACUGUCGCGCCCCUGAUCAUCACCUUUAGCAUUUCAUUUACGCACAAUCCAAUCAAUGAUUCGUCCGAUUUCCAGGCCGUGACCUACGCCUUGGUGUCCCUCAUCACCCUCGCUCAAUUAAUUGCUCUACUGCCGAGACAAGCCACGUUCAGGCUCGCCCUAUGGGCGUUCGGUCUUGCAUCAUUGAUACCCCUUCUGCUAAACGUCUGGUUGAUCUGGGAUGCGCAACAGUCACCAAAGGCUUUUGGCCCUCAGAAAGAGCACCCCGUGGAGAGCCUUGUGCGGAGCGGCAAGGCAAACUUCAAGAGUCUGCUCCAAAGACAGUCUGGGUCAUACGCAGAGGCUGUCGAGGAGUACCGGCGUCGAUAUGAUGCCGCGCCGCCUCCGGGGUUCGAAGGGUGGUAUGACUUUGCGCUUCGCCAUAAGUCGCCCAUCAUCGACGAUUUCGACGCCAUACAUCAUGCUGUCUCGCCUUUCUGGCAGCUCAGUGGGAAACGAGUCAGUGAGACGUUGAACCAGAUUCAGUUUGCUCAAAACAGCGAGAUGUGGUUCUGCAGCGUUGAUGGUGCAUCUGCCACGACUGAAUGCACUCAUGCAUAUCGAACUUUCGACAGACAUCUCAAGUUCUUGUUUGAUAAGCUCUUCCAGGGCUUGGGUGGCGCGUUGCCGGACGUCAAGUUCCUCGUCAAUCAUUUUGACGAGCCGCGGAUAUUGCUUCCGACCUGGGGAGCAGAAGAGGCUCGGAAGCAUCCGCAGUUCAACAUCACCAACCUGUCACGGCGACCGAUCUGGGACGAGAUUAUAAAAUUCUGUGCCUCUAGAGGAGAAGGCAGCACGGCAAAGGCCAAACAAUCUUCGAUGCAGACGUUUGAUCUACCGUUUGUCACGGAUCAGCCUUCUGCAAUGGAUUUGUGCGAGCAUCCAGAGUAUCGCAACAUGCACGGCCUUUUCAUGAGCCCCGUGUCCUUUUCCUUGGUGGAGGGGCUUGUCCCAGCUCUUUCGACCGGCUCACCGUCAACAAUGGGAGACAUCUUGUUGCCAAGCCCUGCAUACGUUGAAGGAGAGUUUAUAUACGACGAUUCAAAGGAGAUGGGCUGGGACCAGAAGCGCAAUAACCUCUACUGGGCCGGAUCCACGACCGGCGGUUUCGCUACGGAUGCAAAUUGGUCCUCAUACCAGCGUCAAAGGUUCGUGAAGCUGGCGCAGAAUCUUGAGCAUCGGCAGUAUGACUAUCUGCGGGAGAUUGGAGGCGUCAUCCAGCGCGUCGCAUCAUCGUUCCUGAAUGGCCGACUAUUUGACGUGGCAUUUACCAGAAUCUUCCAGUGCGAAAGGAGGUAUUGCAGAGACCAGAGGAGAUUCUUUAAACCUGCGGGCUGGGCAGACAAAGACAAGGCGCUCCAGUCACGCCUCGUCUUUGACAUUGAUGGGAACGGGAUUAGCGGUCGAUACUACAAGCUGCUGGCAUCAAAGUCGGCCCCCAUGAAGCAGACGCUGCUCAGAGAGUGGCAUGAUGAUCGCCUUGUGCCCUGGUAUCACUAUAUUCCUGUUAGUCAGAGCCUGGACGAGCUUCCAGAGCUGGUGUCUUACCUCACGUCUACUGAAGCUGGUCAGAGACGGGCGCGAGAGAUUGCAGGGCAGGGACGGGAUUGGUUCUUCAAGGCGCUGAGGGAGGAGGACAUGGCGGUUUACAUGUAUCGCCUGUUGUUGGAGUUGGCGAGACUGCAAGAUCCGAGCAGGGAGGCGGGCUCUCCGUGA